GCUGGAGAUGCUACUAUAUGCCGACGGCCAAAACUAGACGAUGAUAAUAAUAGUAUAAUUUUUCCAAAUACAUCGGAUAUAGAAUAUACACAUACAACGAGAUGCAAGCAUAAACCCUCUAAUACACGCGAAACAGGUGAAAGGGAAAUAUGGAGAAAUAAAGUGGGAGGUGACUUUACUCCAACAGGUUCAUUAAAAGAUAGAGGGAAGAAAAAGCAUAAAAGCCUUCCCGCAUGGAGGAAUUCUCUUAAUGCAGGUGGAAGCUCAAAGAAGCUUGGUCUCGUCGUUGAUACUCGUCGAUUUUGCAUGGUAGAUCCAUUCAACCCGACUAUUAACAGAAAGAGUUUUGUAUUUGACACUACGUGGAACAUAACUGCUUAUUUUACUUCAACUGACAACAACAAUAUUAACCCCAACAUUACAGUUGAUAAUAAUAGUGAUAAAAAAAGUUUUUUAGAUUAUUUGGGUGAAGAAAGUCCUGCUACUAUAUUGAUUGCUAAAAAGGAAAAUUUGGCGAGAAAUAGUAGAUUUAGUAUGCAACCGGUUCGUCGUAAUAAUAGUAACAGACGUUCCAUAGCAAAAGAUAUAAGGGAAGUUCGAACAUUUCGAUGGGAAAAUCGAAAUUACGAUCGUGAAAAGACUAGUUCUCAAUUAUAUGAACUUUAUGAGAAGUACAAUGAUUCUCCUUUAGUCGAUCUUCAGAACAAACCAUUACCUCCCGUACCCAAUGACAAUGUGAACACACUUGAUUUUCAAAAUGAUGAUUAUGAUUAUAACUUUCGUCAAAGCAUCAUCGAGGACUCGGAGUUACAAUCCAUAAUAGACACUUUAUCUUUCAUAUCAGAAUAUCAUAGUAUAAUAGAAGCUCCGGAUGAUGUUUUUGAUAAUAAUUCAUCGCAUUACACGCCCACAAGUACGGCUCGUGAAUCAUUUUCCGAAUUAUUAAUUGAUGACGACACUAUACCAAAUCCAUUUGAAGAUGUUUCUGGUGUACCUUUAGCCAUUCUGUCUACAAAUUCGGCAAGAGAUUCGAUGAAUUCAAUGAAAACGUUACCUGUUGAGGUGCAAAUGUGUUUAUCUUGUAAAAGAAAGACGACGGAUAGUGGUUAUAGCAUCCAGUGGUGUAAAGCGUGUGAAAUGAAAAGGUUCGAACAACAAUUUGAAUCAUGGUCAAGUGGAAAUGAUGACGUUGAUAUUUUCAUCUUGGAAAGUCAAUUAAAUUCAUCAAGUUACUUUGAUUAUUUGGAAUGGAUAUCUUUUGAUAGAUUACAAGAUAUUGAAUUAGUUGAUGCUGGUGAUUACGGUUGCGUAUUUCAAGCCAUUUGGAAAGAUGGUCCUCGUGAGAGAUGGGACAUGAAUAACAGUCAAUACGUUCGAUGUGGUGAAUGUCUUGUCGAUUGUUUUGCCAGACUUUUAAGAAGAUGUUGGGAUUCGAAUCCAUUCGUACGACCUUGUGCAAAUUCUUUGCGUGAAAUAAUAGCCGAAUGGAUUUGUGAAAUAUCGGAAAAUACAUCUUCGGAAAUUUCAAUCCAAUUUCAACAAUCGGAAGAAAAACGUCUUGAAAGUGUAUCCACGGUAAAUUCUCAAUCAGAAGAAGGAUGUGUAAUAAAUGAAGAUGAUAUUCACCCAGGGGCUGUAUAUACUAGUAGAUUCUUUAAUUUUGAAAAUCUUCAUGAACCAAAUGUAAUAUUCUCUAAAUCUCUUGAUCCUAAAGAUCAUUUAGCAAUACGACAAUAUAUUGCAAAUGAAACAAAGUAUUAUAAUCUUAAAAUUAAUAGUUUGAAAGCGGAAAGUAGUAAUAUUGCUGCUGAGGUCUAUGAUAUAUUGCAGUAUUGGUAA